ACAGAAUCAAAAAUAAACGUUUUCUUUUUUCUGUUUAACAUAAAAUUAAAAAGUUUCAAUAUGAUUAUAAAAUUCAUUCUUUUGCAAGGGACUUUUACCUGGAAACUAACUUGACUUCUCUACUAUACUGCUUUGAAUCUACCACCCACCUCACUUUCAGCGAAAGAUUUAAAUCUGCAGCCAUGGAAUACUUAAACCAAAAAGAACAAGAACAAUUUUCUCAAGUAUUAGAAGCAAAGCAAAUUAAAGAUUAUACGAAUAUGAUGUUUAACCUUAGUCAAGGAUGUUUCAAUGACUGUAUUCUUGAUUUCACCAGCAGUAAAAUUGGUGAAAAGGAAAGUGCAUGCUUGACUAGAUGCGCAGACAAGUUUUUCAAGCAUACCCAGCGUGUCGGUCAAAGAUUUGCAGAGAAUAAUGCUAAGCUUAUGCAAUAAAUGUAUCAUAUCUGUCAAUUGCACAGAGUCCGCUCGACUCCUGAUUCCCUGUGAGUGUCUGGUGUACAGUUCAUUAGUUUUGCUAUCAGGACGUGAUGAAAAACCUGAAUGAAGUAUCCAGCAUUACCACAAUUUCUUAGUUUUUUGAUCAAUUAUUAGGGAAAAAUGCAGAAAACAGGAUUCGUAUUUUUCAACUUCACUGUAAUGUACAAUUGUGUCACUAAUCCAUUCGUUUGAUGGUCCUGUAGCUAAACAAUCGCCAACACAUUCAAGCUCGGAUUUAUGCGAGUCUUGCUCGUCUUUCACUUGUGACUUGUCCUUUCAUUUGCUAUUCAGAGUGAGUUCUGCGUAAAUGUCAACACUUUUUAUACGGUCUGAUUCAAAAAGACGGAACACUCAAGCACGUUUCUGAAUAGCUCAAGUUGUACAAGAACAGUAUAAGUACGUAGGACGCAUUGCUCAAGAACGAGAAUGCUCUCUUUCGUAGGCUUUGCAAAGUUUAAAAAAAUACAACACGGCACAUGCGUGGAACACAAGAAAUCGACAUUUUGAAUACUGAAAUCUUUCAUUUGCCUUUUCUUUUUAUACGUAAAAUCGUGUUCAGUUCCUUCAAGGUAGUGCUCGCUGUAUAGCAAUUGGUAGCAGCUAGUAGCUUUCGAGAAAGGAACUGGCUCUCUUCCUAAAGUCAAAAGGGAUCCAAUCAAUUCUUCUUCUUUUAUUUACUUAACAUUUAACAUUCGAAAACGAGCCUGCUUCAUUUGUUUAUGGUCUCUAAUAGACGUAACAUGUUACUUGUAGUUGGUGUCGGAGAGCUUUUACCUUCUGUACAGACUUCACGUAGCAUCAGCACAACUCUCGUUGU